GGAAGUGCCCGAAACAGUUAAAAAUGGUCACACGAGGACCCUGCUCCGUCACGCCACGUUUCCUUUCCGUCCUCAGCAUCCCUCUAUUCAAAGUUUCCCCUCGACACCCCCCUACAACUCCAUCAGUCAUUUCUUCGUGAUAACAAAGCAUCACCAACAAUGGCUUCGCAAGAUCCAAACCAUAAAACCCCACUCUACCCCGAUGUCAUCCAAUCAAAUCCCGACGCUCCCUCUCACCCUAUUUCUUCGUCCCCUUCCUACAAUCUCUACCUCUCCAGCGACAUGCGAGACCUCGUCGAGAACCUCUUUCCUGACCCCCCUGAUUACCCCCAAAACCCUAACUCUAACAGCUACUGUUCACCCUCGGCCCCGCCUGAGGCCACCGAGGAGGUCAUGAUCAGGAUCCCCGGUGCCAUUCUCAACCUAGUCGACAAGCACUACAGUGUCGAGCUCGCCUGUGGCGAACUCACUAUCGUACGUAUACGGCAGGGGGACAACGCCGUUGUCGUACUCGCCCGCGUUGCCGAAGAGAUCCAAUGGCCGCUGGCCAAGGAUGAGGCCGUCGUCAAGCUCGACGACUCGCAUUACUUCUUCUCGUUCCGCGCCCCCAAGGAACAUGGAUCUGGUUCCGAGUCGAGCGACGAGGAAGACAAGCAUUAUGGAAAGGACUCUGACGAUCUGUUGAAUUACGGGUUGACGAUUGCGUCCAAGGGGCAAGAGUGCUUGGUUAGGGAGCUGGAUGGAAUUUUGCACAGUUACAGUAGCUUCUCGAUGCAUAAGGUUUCGGAGAAUGCGAAGAUUAAGAAAGGGGGGGCAUUGGAUGGGUCAGUGGCGAAACAGAUUUCGCCAGCGGAUAUGAAGUCGGAGAGGAAGGAACUUAUGGAGAAGCAGUGCGCCGCUUACUGGACGACGCUGGCUCCAAAUGUGGAGGACUACAGUGGGACCGCCGCUAAGAUGAUCGCGGCGGGUUCAGGUAAGCUGAUCAAGGGGAUAUUGUGGUGUGGGGAUGUCACAGUGGAGAGGUUGAAGUUGGGAAAUGAGGUUAUGAAGAAGAGGGUGAAGCCGCGUUCCAGUUCGGAGAUUGAUCCCAAAACCUUAAAGCGGAUUAGAAGGGUUAAGAGGGUGAGCAAAAUGACGGACAAGGUUGCAAAUGGCGUCCUCUCUGGGGUUGUUAAAGUCUCUGGAUUUCUUACAAGUUCGGUAGCAAAUUCAAGAGUGGGCAAGAAGUUUUUCAGCCUAAUGCCUGGGGAGAUUGUGCUUGCAACCCUGGAUGGGUUCAGCAGAGUCUGCGAUGCUGUUGAAGUAGCUGGCAAACAUGUCAUGUCAACAUCAUCCACUGUGACAACUGAACUCGUCUCCCACAGGUAUGGGGAACAAGCAGGUCAGGCAACAAGUGAAGGGCUUGAUGCUGCAGGCCAUGUUAUAGGCACUGCAUGGGCUGCUUUCAAGAUCCGAAAGGCAUUCAACCCUAAAAGUGUUCUCAAACCUACCACCGUAGCCAAAUCUGCUGCUAAAGCUGCAGCCGAAGAGAAAAAGGCUAAGAAGUCCCAGUAAUUGCCGAUGGGAAUUUUCCAUAGUGUACCAGAGGUUUGCCCAUAUACAGAAUGUAGCCUAUAUUUGCAAAAAACUUCUUGUCAAAGGCUUGUACAUCUUCAAGAUUAGUGGGGACUUUGUUCCUCAAAAUGAUUGGUGAGCUUGAAUAUGCUGCUCAGGCCCUUUUGCUCGAUGCUUUAAAUAAUCUGGGUUCAAUGCCCUUCAAAGU